UUCUCUCUCUACCUCCUCUGACAGCAAGCCCUGAAACAAGUUCUGUAAGCAGGCAGUCAGCAGCAGCAGCGGAGGCUAUCAAAGGGUGCAAAUACACUGCAUGACCAUGCCUGGAAGAGCGGUAAGGCAAGGAAACGGCUAAGAGAGGCUCUAAACCAGUAACUCACGGUUGCCAAUGAGCGAAAAAAGGAAGGGGGUGGGUAGAACAGGUGGAGCGAGCACAAAAACGGAUAUGAGUGCGAGACAGUAAAGACGAAACGUGGACCCUGCUGUCAUAUAAGACCGGGAAAAACAGAACCGAAGCAAUCCAAAUCGCCUUCUACUGCUCUAGAAAAAGGGGGAAAGGAAGAGAGAUAAGAACAGACAACGACAUGUACACAAAGUAAUGGAAAGAAUCAGGACAGUCCAUAUCACACUUGCCUCCAUGCUGGCUAAUCUAUUGCUCGUCCUCCUGUUCGGGGUGCGUGUGCUGGCCAUUUGCCCACCAAUGUGCAGCUGUAGCAGAGGCCAUAGAGUGGUGGACUGCUCUGCCCGAGAGCUGGGUAUACUUCCUGACAGCCUGCAGCACAACAUUCAUUUCCUCAACUUGUCUCAUAACCGGCUGCAAGAUCUCGAUGGGCUCCUCAACCAUUUUGACCACUUAAGAACUUUGGAUAUCUCCUAUAACAAUCUCCACCACCUUCCUUUAGGUCUGCCGAAGGCUCUUUGGGAUUUACGUGCAUCUGGAAACUACAUCCGUCAAUUGGUGAAGAAUGAUACGGCCUACCACUGGAACCUUCAGAAUCUAGACUUGUCACACAACUUGCUGGAACGUGUGGUCUUAAUUAACAAUACGUUGUCCAAUCUCCAAGCUCUCAAUUUUAGUCACAACAAAUUCUGGACUGUUCCGACAAACAUGCCCUACAAUUUGGAGAUUGUGGACCUCUCUCACAACUACUUGCUGCAGAUCCUACCUGGCUCACUGGAUCGCCUUCCCAGGCUGUCAAGAUUCUACCUGCAUGCUAAUCGUUUUACUUCAUUAAGUGAAGGCGUCUUUAAUAGACUGAAUGGACUGGAGCUCCUCACACUUGGAGACAAUCCUUGGGCUUGUGAGGAUGAGGAAAAUAUAAACCAUUUGCUGACUUGGAUGCAACAAACCCCUGCGAAGGUCUUGGGCUGCCCCUGCUACACCAGGUCCAGAUGUGGAGAGGUCCACCUGGUCACUAGGAGAACCUGGCACUCAGCCGUAUUCACAGAGCCGCCACUGGGUGCCGACGCUCGUUAUCCUAUCCACCGAGCUCCAAUGCAGGCAGUUACUUCUGGUUCCCUGUCCAAGUCAGCCCAGUUGAAUGUAGCUCACAAUCCAAGCCCUGUUAAUACCUCUGGGGCAGGCGUUCAGGUGCUGAUCAUGGGUGGGGGAUUUCUCACUUCGACUCCACAUAGCCUGUCCACAGGGUCAAGCACAACAAUCCGAACACGUAGCACCAAGAAGGUCCUUCCAGGCAGAUCUUGCAGCACAAGGCAUCAAAUCCACAUAUGCAGCUUUGAAACCACCAUUUUGAGCCUUUUAUGUACAGUUGUCAUCCCGAGUGCUUUGUGAUUCAGCAUAACUUGAACUUCUUGAACUAGACCUGCUGACUUGAGUCUGGGGGUGAAAAAAAUAUCCACAAAAAAAUGCAAAAAGUGAGACUCGCACUUUCACAUUGUUAAGCAUUCUUUGUCGAAUGCAAUCUCUGCCUGCUUCCAAUAAACAUACAACCUUCUAGUUAAUGUGACUGAAUACUGUAUGGUUACCUAUAUAUCGACCUCUAGACGUAUAGAAGUACACUACAAGCAGCAGUUUCUUGAUGUGGAAAAUUGAUUGCUCUUUCCAGUGUUGUGCUUGAGCAUUGACAGAUAUGUGUGCAUUUCAUUGUUUCUAUUGUGUAUAAAACUACAACACUGUGUAAGUGUACUACAACUACAACUGAUGUGUUCCAGGAGUACAGACAUGCUUCCUUUAACGGUUGAAAUAAAAAUAAAAUCGGAAA